AUGGGGACUCUCCGGGACCUCCAGUUUGCUCUGCAGCUGAAAAUUGAAGAGCUUCGACAGAGAGACGCCUUAAUAGAUGAACUGGAGCUGGAGUUGGACACGAAGGAUGAACUCAUUCGCAGACUGCAGGAAGAGCUGGACCGAUACAGGACAGCUGGUGCCUCUUCUUGUCCCACAUUUGGCAGUGAAGUUUGCCUGGAUCCUGUUGAGAGGAGAGCAACGUCCAGGAGGAAGACGGUGCUGCCUGAAUUCUUCUCGCUUGACCCAGAACCUGUGAAUGAAUCCCUCAGAACUAUUUACAAAAACCCGGAGUCCCAGAGGAUAAUUCAAGCCGCGUUUUUGAGGAACGAUUUGUUGAAGAACCUUGAAGAAGAAGAAAUGCUGGCAGUGAUUUCCCGCAUGCAUCCCAUCAGCAUCCAUCAAGGCUGCCAAGUCAUUCAGGAGGGAACCAGUGGAGCUCAGGCUUUUGUUUUGGAGGAAGGGAGGAUGGAGGUGUCCAAAGCAGGAGUGAAGCAGCUCACCAUUGUACCGGAGGACAUGUUUGGAGAGGACGCUCUGCUUUACCAGUGCACCCACAGCUCCACCGUCUCCGCGCAAACAGAAUGCAGGUUGUGGGUUUCUGACCGCCACAGUUUCAAGAGAGUCCUCAUGGAGAGCGGACUCAGACGAAUGGCCCUGUCACUGGAGCAGCUCUGCAGUGUUCCAUGUCUUCAGUUGUUACCUGAGGAGGUCAUCAUGAAUCUGGCUGAGCUCAUGCACCAGACUCACUACACUGAAGGUGACGUCAUUGUGCGACAAGGCUGCUCAGCAGACACCCUGUACAUCAUCAUCAAAGGUCAGGUUAAAGUGUCAGAAAAGAAUGACGGCGAGGAGAGGCUCUAUGAAGGACAUUGGUUUGGAGAAGAAGCUCUGUCUGGAGAGCACGUCUAUGGUGUGAAUGUCCUGGCUGCCGGCGACGUUACCUGCUGGUCUAUCAACAGACAAACUUUAAAAGACAUCACAAGUGAAUGUCUAGUCAACAGCAAACAGAGGAUGUUUCCAAACACUGAGUCAAAAGUCCAGUCUGCUUCAUACUGCAGGUCACUUCAGAGGAGUCCUUCCAAAGAGUCUUCCCUGCUCGACACGCUCUCGUCGUGCUCCCUCACUGAUUUCCACGUCAUUUGCACUCUGGGACUUGGAGAGUUUGGUCACGUAGACCUGGUUCAGCUGAAGAGUCCAGUCAAGAGUCUUUACGCCAUGAAGGUGCUGAAGAAGACGCUGAUUGUUCCCAGCAGUCGGCGAGAGCUUCUCAUGAGGGAACGGAGAAUCCUCCCGGAGGCUGCUUGUCCAUUCAUAGUCAGCUUUCACAAGACGUUUCGUGAUGCAGAAUGUCUCUACGUGCUGAUGGAGGCUUGUCUUCAUGGAGAUCUGCACUGUCUUUUGAGAGAGCGAGGGUUUUUGGACGAGCGCAGCUGCAGGUUUUACACGGCUUGUGUGGCUGAAGCUCUGACAUUUCUCCACCGUGAGCGAGUGGUCUACAGGGACGUGAAGCCAGAGAAUGUUCUUCUGGAUGAGCGUGGUUAUGCAAAACUGACCAGCUCCAGAUGUUUGAAGAAGAUGGAAGUGGGAAAGAGAACUUACUCCUUCUGUGGUACUCCAGGCUACAUAGCUCCAGAGAUCAUCUUGGGCCACGGUCACAGCUUUGCUGCCGACUUCUGGUCGCUGGGUGUUUUAGUUUUUGAACUGCUAAGUGGUCGGCUUCCAUUCAGUGGUCCUGACCUGAUAAAAACUCUCUCUGCAGCCUUCAGCAGCACCGGCCACAUCGACUUCCCGAAAGAAAUGAGUGCUGGUGCCUCCAGUCUAGUAAAGCAGCUAUGCAGACUCAAUCCCACCGAGAGGCUGGGUGGCGGGAGAAACUGGGCCAAGGACAUUCGCAGACACACGUGGUUUGAGGGAUUCGACUGGGAUGGUCUUGCAGCCAGGACCUUAAAUCCUCCUGCUGCUGCUGCUCCUCAGGCGGAGCACCUCCUGGACAGCACGUGCGGUCAAUACACAGGCGACGCAACGGAACUGGACUCCACUUGGGAGAACUUUUGAUCGAUCAAACAAUCGCUCCUCACCUUCAGGUUUAGUUGGCAUUAAAUAUUGACUCCUUUUAUUUCAUUUUGGGGGUGACGAUGAUGAUGAUGAUAUGUUCAUGUGGAUGUGAGAACGAUGUGGUUCUGUAUCUG